UGUCUAACAAAAUAAACAAAAACUCUAAAAUUCAUAAAUAUUCGUUGAACAAUAAUGUUCCUUUUUUCAAUAUAAUAUGGAAAGAUUUAUGAGCUAUAGGGUAUUUCUACAUGCAUGAUUCCUACCGACCGUGAGACAUACACCAUCCAGGCUGGUUAUAUUUUAUACCUACAACUUCGAGAUGAAUCCCGUAACGAUACUAUUCCGAGGUGGCAAUGGAAAGGAUCCAUCCACCGAUUUUCAAUUGGAACCUACCUCCGUUUUAUCGCUGAAAAUGCUUGUGGACUUUGGGGCUGGACUUCUUGGCGGAGCUGCUGGUGUUCUUGUUGGCCACCCCUUCGAUACUGUGAAGGUUCACAUGCAAAUGGAUAAUCCUCGAAACCCGAAAUAUAAAGGAACCGUAGACUGCCUGAAGACGAUAAUACGAAAAGACGGCUUCAGGGGAUUGUACCGCGGCAUUACCAGUCCCAUUGGUGGAAUCGGAUUCGUAAAUGCCAUAGUCUUCGGGGUCUAUGGUAAUGUUCAACGCUUCUCCUCCGAUCCCAAUUCGCUGCUGUCUCACUUCUAUGCGGGCUCUGUCGCCGGCGUGGCUCAGAGCUUCGUCUGCGCCCCGAUGGAGCUGGCCAAGACGAGGCUUCAGCUGGCAACGCAAAUCGAUAGUGGCAUCAAGUUCCGAGGACCAAUACACUGCCUCACACAUAUCUUAAGAACGGAGGGCAUAAGGGCCACCUACAAGGGAUUACUGGCCACAAUUUUAAGAGAUAUUCCAGGAUUCGCCAGCUACUUUGUGUCCUACGAGUUCAUGAUGCGCCAGAUGCAGACGCCGAGCAUAGCGUAUACCCUGACAGCAGGAGGCUUAGCUGGAUGCACCUCCUGGCUAUUCUGCUAUCCCAUCGAUGUGGUGAAAACGCACAUGCAAGCCGAUGCCUUGGGCAAGGAUGCCAAGUACAAUGGAUUCCUCGACUGUGCAAUAAAGGGCUUUAAGAGCGAUGGGCCGCAAUAUUUCUUCCGCGGUCUCAACUCUACGCUCAUUCGAUCAUUUCCCAUGAACGCCGCCUGCUUUCUUGUAGUAUCUAUGGUCCUGGACUUUUUCAAUGCCAAGAACGGCAUGGAUUCCGUAGACCACAACGCCGAGCAGCCAUUAAGUGUCGUCACCUUAGAUAAUACAAAGCAAGGGGACUUUGACACCAACACCCCCCCGUCAACCGUUGAGGAAGUUGUACGGAAAAUAAUCACGGAAAAUGCGAUAUCAUCACAUCAUCACCAGUAUGUGUCCACGCCAAAGGAUGUCGUUCACAGUCAGUUCACAAGCAACAGCAAUAGUACAAUCAACAUUCCCAAAGAGUCGAAAAAACGUUUGGCCUCCGAUUGUAAUUUAAAAUAAAAUUUCAGUUUUUAUACCCGAGAACAAGAGUAAUACAAGAGUAACCACACUACA